UCACAGACAUCACAAGCUGAUGUUCAACACUCGCACAUAAUACCGGGAGCUGAAGGAGGACAAGUGACAAUGCAGAAAACCUGGAAGAGUAUGAAACACAGUUAUUUGGCUUUACACCCAAGUCAUUUGUAUCAGGAAUUUACAAUUCAGUUGGUGACUGUUUCAUGGAAGUCUUAAAAGCCAUUGAGGAAAACAUUGCAGAAAAUUAUGCAGACGUCAUAACCAAAGAAGAAUUAUCUCUGAAGAUGAGAAACAUUUCCAAGCACAUAGUCGCACAAAUUGACAAGGCAUUUGACAUUCUGGAAGUAUAUCUUACAACAAAUAUAUUUCGGAUCCCGCACAAUAUGGUUUUACCCGAGGAUCAAAUACAGAUGGACAGCCCUGUGUCUCAAGAUGAGUUAGUAGAAGUUCAGGAGAAGAUUGCUUUGGCAACGAAGAAAAUCCUUGCUGUCAAACUUGCCAAUGCUAUUUUGAAGAAGAGACUGCAAGACAUAAUGUAUCUUCAGGAAACGUUUGAUAAUCUACUUCAAGAAUUACAGGCAGCAAAAAGUGAAGUGACAAAGGAAAGGGUGUGUGGCAUCAAGGACACAAUAAGAUAUUGUGCAUCCAAGAUUCUUGGGUCCAUUUCUGCUAUGGAGGAGUUAAAAGACAGCAAUCUGCAUGUCGACAGCAAAUAUAUUAAGGCCAUUAUUACAUUUCUUGAGGAAAAGUCAGAACCCGAGAGGGAAAAGAUCAGCAAUUUGGAGUGAACUUUUUCCACCACAAAGAUAUAUGUGCUUUGAAAACAGCAAAAACAGUUAUAAAUUAUUGUUACGGUUUCAGCUUAAGACUGCUAAGCUUUUCAAUAAACAAAUCACAAUUGAA